CUGGGUUACAUAUAAAAUUUGCAAACUUAAAUAAGUGAUCUAUUUAUCUUGUACAUGUAAGAAUAAGCUAGUAAAGAUACUAGGGAAAAAUGUUACCAUCUCUUUCUUCUGUUUGUUUUUCAACAUUUCUUUGUGCCAUAAUUUUCCAUGGAGAAUCUGCAGCACAAGAUCUGCGCACUGAUCCUUUGACCCCCACUCAGGAAAACCCUUGUUUGAAAGAGCAGACCACCACUUGUGGUGAAUGCAUUGCCAUCUCUACAUUGUGUGCAUUCUGUACAGAUCCAGAGUACGACACUAAUAAUUAUCCAAGAUGUGACCUAUUGACCACUCACCAGAAACAGGUGAACAAUCAACCCAGGUGUAAAAACAUUGUAAAUCCAUCAUCCAUCUUAACAAAGACAAAGGAUGACAGAUUAGUAGAUGGGGACACAAAUAGAUAUGCAGUACAGAUCAGACCACAGCAAAUUGAUCUCGAGUUAAGACCCAAUGACCCUCAGACUUUUGACCUGACCUUCAAACUGGCCGAGAACUACCCUGUGGAUCUCUACUAUCUUAUGGACCUGUCCAAUUCCAUGGCCGACGAUAAAGAGAAGCUGGCAAGCUUAGGAAUCAAAAUUGCGGAAGACAUGAGUCAGAUCACUAAGAAUUUUAAGCUGGGAUUCGGUUCCUUUGUGGACAAAGUGGUUAUGCCCUAUGUCAGCACAGCCCCAAACAAAAUUAACAGUCCUUGUGCAGGAUGCGAGAAAGCCUAUGGUUUUAGAAAUGUUCAUCCACUAAACCCCAAUGCUACCUUGUUUAGGGACAAGGUAAAUGCCGCAAGAGUGUCUGGAAAUCUGGACGCCCCAGAGGGAGGCUUUGAUGCCAUCAUGCAGGCCGUGGCUUGUGAGAGUCAGAUUGGUUGGAGAAAUCGCUCUAGAAGAAUGCUGUUGUUUUCAACGGAUGCUGGAUUCCACUAUGCUGGUGAUGGGAAGCUGGGAGGCAUUGUUAAACCCAAUGACGGACUUUGUCAUCUAAGUCCUGAUGGAAUGUACACUGAAAGCUCCAAUCAGGACUACCCCUCCAUCAGUCAGGUAGCUGUCAAAGCAAAGGAGAAAAACGUGAACAUAAUUUUUGCUGUCACUCAAGAUCAGAAACCAAUUUAUGACCAGCUAAAGCCCAUUAUUGCUGGCUCUGAAACAGGAAUUCUGGCCUCAGAUUCACAGAACAUUGUAAAACUGGUCCGAGAUAACUACUUGGCCAUCACCUCAAAAGUGGAACUUAUUGUGGAAAACUCUGAUAAUGUAGAUGUAAGAUUCAAAACAAAGUGUUUAGGGAAAGUCGUAAAAGACACCAAUAAGUGUGAAAAUCUAGCUAUAGGACAGUCGGUGAACUUCAGUGUGACCUUGGAAGUAAAAUCCUGUCCACCCGAAGGUCAAGAGGAGAAAAUCCUAAAGAUUAAACCAGUGGGAUUGUACGACACAUUGACUGUUAAUCUGACAUUUAAGUGCAAGUGUGACUGUGAAUCUGAGGCAAAAAUGGAGGCCAAUAAAAAUCAUGCAAAUUGUAAUUACAAUGGAACUUAUGUGUGUGGUAUGUGUGUCUGUAAUGAACCAUAUUUUGGAGAUAAGUGUGAUUGUAACAAGGGAACAGGAACAAUCGCAGACAAAGAGAAGGAAUGCAUUCAAGACAAGAAUACGACUAUCAUCUGUAAUGGACGAGGGGAGUGUAACUGUGGGAAAUGUAUUUGUCGUGAGAGACAGAAGGGUACUGCACAGUUUUACACGGGGACUUACUGCGAGUGUGAUGACUAUAGCUGUCCAUAUUACUCAGGCCUAAUCUGUGGAGGUCUCAGUCGGGGACAGUGUGAUUGUGGAACAUGUAAAUGUAAUGAAGGCUUCAAGGGGAAAAAUUGUGGAUGUAGCACUGACAACAGUACCUGUCUCUAUAAUGGGGAAAUAUGUAAUGGCCAAGGAACGUGCGAGUGUGGCAAGUGCACAUGUACCAAUCCAAAGUACUUUGGACCUCAGUGUCAAGAAUGUGAUAACUGUGGAGCCAAACAGUGCCGGACCCACCGAGACUGUGCUUUAUGUGUAGGAUUUAAAUCUGGAGAGUUAGAUGCAAAUCAAUGUAAAGAACAGUGUGGCCACACAACAGCUGUACCAGAACUCAGCAAGAAGGGUAUAACAAACUGUGAAUAUGUGGACAGUAAUGGUUGUUUUAUCUACUUUACCUACUUCUAUGAUCAAGACAAUGCCAAUCAACUCAAAGUAGAAGUAUUACAGGAGCCGGAUUGCCCGCCUGAAGUGAACGUUUUGGCCAUUGUGCUGGGGGUGAUAGCAGGAAUUGUGUUCUUUGGUAUACUCCUCCUGCUUAUCUGGAAGCUGUUCACUACGAUCAGCGAUAAGAGAGAACUGGCCAGAUUUGAAAAGGAGGCUCAGAAUGCAAAGUGGGAUACGGGAGAGAAUCCAAUUUAUAAGCAAGCUACAUCAACAUUUGUCAACCCCACCUAUAGACAGUGAAAGUCAACAUGCAGAUGGUCAUUCAAGACUUAAAAAUAACAAAUUUGUAUACGGGUGUAUAACAUGCAAUAUCAAAAAAAAAAAAAAAAAAAAAAUUGAGAAAUUUAAAAAAAAAAGCAUGAGCUAAGUGAGAUUAAAAAAAAAAAAAUUCAAACCUGUAAUGCUUAUUCAUUACUAAUUUUAGAAUCCUCAGAAAUAACAAAAAGCAUGUUUAAAUAUAUACUAACAAUAUUGCAUGGACAAUUCUUUCUCUGUCACCAUUUAUUCAAGUUCUCUCAGAACAGUGGGGGAAAGGGGGGUGUGCAUGAUUAAGACUGCAUGUUUACAUCCUGUGAAAAUGUCUUGAUUUCCAUCCAAAUGAGACUAGCAUAAAGGGGUUUAAGAUAAGAUGUAGCCAUUGUUGCAUGAAUUAACUCCCUUGUCAUAGCUUGCAGCCUUUUUUCAGCUGCAUGAUUUGUGUUGAGGACAUUCUUGUAACAUAAGUGAAGUGUUUGGUGACAUUUUCUCCCAAUUUGUGCCAUUAGUAGAGUGUUACAGGUAAAAAUGUGUUUUCCAGCAUAUUUUCCACUGCCAUAGUAUUGGUUUAACAUGUUAAACUUGAAUAAUUUUCCCAUCCCUCAGUUUGUAAAGUUUGGUAAAUUACUAAUCUAAUCUAAAUUUAAUGUCUACAGCAUUUUAUUUAAUAGUUGUUUUUAGCUAUGCUGGAAUAUUCAGUUAUUAUGAAAUUCAUAUAAUUACAUGUAUAUGGACUUGACAUUUAUUGUUGCAAAAUUAUAUUUCCUAUGCACAUAUUUUUAUGGUUGUAUAAGAAAAAAAAUUAACCAAUAUGUGGCAUAUAUGGAUGUACCUGUAUAACAAUAUGUGACAUAUAUAGAUGUACCUGUAUAACCAAUAUGUGACAUAUAUACAUGUAGAUGUACCUGUAUAUCCAUUAAAUGGAUAUGAUUGGUAUAAGAGAAAAAGAAAGUCAUUGCCUGAAUGAUUUUUGAUCAUUUGAUUUGUUAUUUAACUUAGCAUCAUCAAAAAGUUAAGAAGAAAUGUAAACAAACUGAAAGAAAAGAGCAAGUUGAAACAUGAAAAACAACACUCUGAAAAGGAGUGGAAUUUUCUGUAGAAAAAUACUCAAUUGAGGGCUAAAUUGAACAGUUUAAUUGUACAAGUAUGUAGUCUAGACAUGAAAUGUCUAAAUUUUGAAAGUCAAAAACAUUUGAUAUAAAUAAAAUGAAAACCAACUAUUAUUUGCGAUUUAUUAGUUUGAAAUCAAUCCACAACUAUUAAUUUUCCUGACUGAGGAAAUAUUCUGCAUAAAAAUGUAAUGAAAAAAAAUGAUUCGCGGUGAAAAAAUUUUGUGAGAAAAUGCAGGUCGCAGAACUCACGUAAUUUCUACUUGCAAAUAAAAAUUGGUUUACAGUAAUGCAAUAUGUGCCUUCUUGUACAGCACCACAUUCUGUGAUUUAUUUCAGUGUCACCAGUAAUGGCAUUUUUUGUAUCUUGUCAAUUGUGUUUUGUGAUUUUUACAAGUCUUUGAGAAGUAUAAUCUGUACUUUUGAGUAUCAUUUUGUACAACCUUUUUGAUUUGUGUUAAAUUAGUGUCAGAAGAAACCGAAGAUAAAUAAUCCUUUAGAAGAACUCACACAUUUCUUAGGGGAAAAAAAAAAAUUAAAUUAAUUAAGAAAAUUAAGACUGAAUUGCCCUUUUGUUUGUCAACAAGUUUUGUGUGCUGAUGAAGGCAUUUUUUUCCUGUGUAUAAAAGUAUUCCAUUAGAAAUGGGACAACAGUCAAAUUUAGAAAUAUUGAUUUGCCCAAAUCAUUGAUUGAUUAAACUUUGUUUAAUGAAAGAAUUCAAAAUUAUAUAUUUUUUUUAGUUUUUAAAAGCUGUUAUAUAGAGUCUUAUGUAAUUGAUGUAAGAAUUUGAAAUUUUCAAAAAUUAAAUGUUAACCAGGAUAUUUUAAAGUUUAGAUUUUUCAAUGAUCAUAAAUUUAGUAAUCUGGCUUUGUAUUUCUAACUAGAAAAAAGGUAAUUACAUGUAGUAAAAUGUACCACCAACUUUUUAUUUUAAAUUGCAAGUAAGCAUGUUUGUGUAUUUAAGAAUAUUCUUUUGGUUGCAUUUGCCAUGUACAUGUAUUAUCAAAUAAAAAAUAUACACUUAUACCAUAUGAAUGCAGAAUAACUUUCAAAUUUGAUACAUGUAUUCUUAGACAUUUACAUGCAACAAAAUAUGUAUGAUACAACAUAAUUAUACUGUAUAGUUAUACAUUUAAAAGAGUGCAAAUAUUGUUGCAGAAUUUGAUGCUUUUCAUUUUAUGUUGUUUACUUGGUUUUUUGUUUUUUCAAUAAAAAUGGUUGUGUAAUUUGUAGAAAAAAUGUUGAUGCAAUUUGAAUGAGUGGUAGAUCUUUUGAUAUGAUAGGAAUAAAAUUACAUUAUUUAUAUGUCUUAUGUACAUGUAUUUGCAUUAUAUCUUUGUGCUAUUGAAUGAAAAAAAUAACAACUAGAUUUUGAUUCACAUUUUCUGUCAAAUUUUAAGUUUCAAAUUUUAGUGUUUGAGCGGAUUCCUCUUGAAAUCCAAAACCGUCAUCUUGCAUCUGACACAGAAGAAUCAUAAUCAAGAACCCAGGAGUUCUGGCCGUGGAAAGUGAUCUGAAUCAUUCAUGUGUUUUUUUUAAAAUAUCUUUCUAUCUGUGCUUCCAUUCUUUCCAUGUAUAGCGUAAAGUUUUAUAUGAAUAAAUAUUUUAUAUUUAAA